AGGAAGGAUACUAUAAUUAAUGAGAUACCUAGAGGGACCCAAAAGAACCAACAGGAGAUUUUCGUCAGCAAUUCCCAGGUGUAAAUCAUGGUGCAGAUUAUUAAAGACACGAAUGAAUUUAAAACAUUUUUGAAAGAUGCUGAGCACAAGCUUGUGGUGGUUGAAUUUUCAUCAAAAUGGUGUGGUCCCUGCAAAAGGAUGAAUCCCAUUUUUCAUGCAAUGUCUCUGCAAUACCAAAAUGUAUUUUUUGCUAAUGUGGAUGUGGAUGAUUCUCCGGAGUUGGCAGAAACUUGUAACAUCAAAGCAAUACCUACAUUUCAGAUGUUCAAGCAAAUCCAGAAGAUUUUUGAAUUUUGUGGAGCUGAUGCUGAAAAACUAGAAAUGAAGAUUAAAGAACUGAUGUAAACUGAUCUCCAAGACAAAAUACACUUGUGGCAUUUCAAAAGGC